CAGAGCAGAGGCUUCAUGUCGCAUCUGAUUUGUCCUCUUUCUGUAGGUUUGUGCCCAGACUGGGUGGAGUGGGACCCCAAGCAGCCUGUGGAGAAUGCCAGAGAAGCUAUGCAGCAGGCUGACGACUGGCUGGGCGUGCCGCAGGUGAUCGCACCUGAAGAGAUUGUGGAUCCUGACGUGGACGAGCACUCAGUGAUGACAUACCUGUCUCAGUUCCCCAAAGCUAAGCUCAAACCAGGUGCACCACUGCGCCCCAGGCAGGUGGAUCCUAUGAAGGUUAAGGCCUACGGCCCUGGUAUUGAGCCACAGGGGAAUGUUGUCCUGAAGCCAGCUGAAUUCACAGUGGACACCAUAGAGGCUGGGCAGGGUGAAGUACUGGUCUAUGUAGAGGACCCCGAAGGACACACAGAGGAGGCCAAAGUUGUUCCCAACAAGAACAAAAACAGGACCUACUCUGUCACCUAUGUACCAAAAGUAGAAGGACUUCAUAAGGUGAAGGUACUCUUUGCUGGCCAAGACAUUAACAAAAGUCCCUUCAUGGUCCAUGUGUCUAAAGCAAUGGGAGACUCCACAAAGGUUCAGGCACGUGGGCCAGGCCUGGAACCAGUAGGCAAUGUAGCCCAAAAACCCACUUAUUUUGACAUUUACACAGCUGGCGCUGGAGAAGGUGAUGUGGGAGUGGUCAUUGUGGACCCUACAGGCCGGAGGGAUACGGUGCCUGUUACUUUGGAGAACAAGGGGGAUAAUGUUUUCCGCUGCACAUACCAGCCUCUGCAGGAGGGACCACACUCCGUCCAGGUCACCUUUGCAGGCCAGCCGAUCCCCAAAAGCCCCUUUCCUGUCAACGUCUCACAAGGUGAAGCUACUUAUGUUUUUCAUUCUCUUUUCAAAUGAACCAAAGAAUGCGGU